AUGAACGCAACCAUUAUUUUAAUUUUGGAAAUAGCUCAAGGGAUAUGGUGGUUAGUGCUAUGCUUAAUGUUUGGAUGGAAGAAUUAAAUUAUCACGAUAACUCUCUCUUCUUCAGCCAUAGUUAUACAAUUAGGUUUAUUAAUUGCGCUUCGGAAAAUGACCAAUAAUGUUCACCUCAUAAGGAUAACCUUGUUGUUCCUAAUUAAUACUAUUGUUUAUACUGAAUUAAACUUAUAAAUCCAUUAGUAUCUAAAUCCAUUUGCAAAUCAUACUAAUACCCUUAUUAUUGUCUCAAAUUAAUAUAUCAUUGAUGAAAUUGUUACUUUGUAAAUUUCAUAUAGACUUCUCAAGUUUGGCUACCCUUGCUACAUUAUUUUGAGGCUGUUUUCUGUUUUAUUCAUUAACUUUGAUUACUACAUUUUGGAGAGUAUAAUAGUCAUAUUCUUUAUAGUCAUGGGACAUGAGAAAUAAUAAUUACUUUUCUCCUUUAGACUCUCAGUCCAAGCAGAUAACAACACUAAUUUUAUUAAUUAACUAAAACAAUCUUAAAACAAAAACAAAAAACUCCAGCAAUCCUCACAAUUAUUCAUACAUGAUAAUUAAAAGGAUAAACUGAGUAAUUUCAGUAAUCAAACUAAUAAAAAUUAAUCCUCUGAUUAAUUCUUUGCAAUUGUUGGUAAUUCAUUGAGAAAAAGAGUGACAGUUGAUGUUGAUAAAACAGAAUCUUAAUUGAAUGUUUUCUUUAAUCAUCUUAUGGAUUAUUUUACCUAAGGAGUUGUCAUUCUAAAUUAAUUCCAAUAAAUUUAAUACAUGAAUAAAAAAUGUUAAAGGCUCCUACUUUGCUAAGGAGAAGAACAAAUUUUAUAUAUGAUAAAAGAAUCUUUAAAUAAUACCCUUUUAAAAAAUAAAAACUCUUUGUCAAUUUCACCAACAUCAAGAAAACUUGAAAUGAACCAAUAGAUUUUGGAAGAUAUCUUUAAUUAAGCUUCCAAAAGAAGAUUAUCUUUGGAUAUUUUCGAUGUGCUUUUAAAUUAAUAGAAGUACCUGGCAUAAUAUUACCCUCGACAAUGUAAUUUUGAUGGUGAGAAUAGCAGUGCUCAGGAUUCGCCUUAUUCUAACAGAAAUUCAAACCAAUAUACGUUUUAUUUGACUUUCUAAACUGAUAGACAUAUUAAAUUAAGCAUAAUUCUAUCAUAAUUCUCCAAUUAAUAAUUAGAUUCUAUUAUUUAAGGUUCUAAACCCUUAUUUGGAGAUUAAAUUUAAUAACCUUACAUUUUUUUAUUGAUGAAGAAUAUCACCCAUAAAAAUCAAAUUGAAAAAAUAAAAAAAUAUAAUCAACAAUCUUCAGAAAUGUUAAACACUUUCUCCUUUGAAUUAAGAACUCCCUUAAAUAUUAUCUCAUAAGUAGUCAGUAUCACCAAAGAUUUAACUAUUGAGCAAUAAGCCAUUAGAGAAUAUCUUGAAUUGAUGUAAUGUUCAAAUUCUAUUUUAUAUCAUUCAAUAAAUGAUAUAUUAGACUACUCUUCAAUCUAAUCAAAUAUGUUUCAUUACAAAUUCAAUCUAUUUCAGAUUUAAGAUGUUAUCUAAGAAAUUGAGCAUAUUUUUAUUUAGCAAGUCAAACAAAAGAACGUUCAAUUCUCUACCAAAAUAUAGAGCUGUCUGCUUGAUAAAUAGAUUUAUUCGGAUAAACAACGCAUAAUACAAGUCAUUAUAAAUAUACUAAAUUACUCAUAUCAUCAAGCAAAAUCAGGCGGAGAAAUGUCUUUAUCCUUAUUUUAUCUUGACGAAUAAAGGAUCUAAAUAACAGUUCAUCAUAAUGAAAUUCUGCAGAAUGGGAAUAGUUAAGCGAUUCCUCAAUAGAUUAUUUUAAAAAAUAAGGAAAAUGAUAGGUAAUUUAACUUAACUUAAAAUCCUGAAUUAGGAUUAGGAUUAAAUCUAUCUGCCAAAUUAGUGUAAGGGUUGGUUGAUACUAAUGACAAUUACGUUGAAAUUGUAACUUGCUUAUAAACAGGAACGAGUAUUAGUUUUUGGAUCCAGGAUUUGGACUUGAGCUAAUCUUAAGAGCAGAUCUUCCUAAGAGGUUCAUUAAAUACUGGUAAAUUUAUGACUUGCAAGAAAUCACGAUCAUUAUAGGAUGACAAUUUUAUAAUCCGUCGAUAUAGUGAUUAUAUUGUCUAGGAUGAUCAUUUUUACUUGCAAAAGAAGGGCUAGAAACCUGAUUGCUUAAAUUCAAAUGACAGUCCAAAGAUCGUUGAUGAUUUAAAUGAAAAAAUCAAAGUUCCAUAAUAAAACUAUUUUUAAUUUAAAUCUUUAGAGAGCCCUAUUCUGGGAAAUAAAACAUUUUCAUUUAAAUAUUCAACCUUGCAAACUCACGAAUGUACCAGUUUUUGUAAACGAAUUUUAAUAGUUGAUGAUUAAGUACUAAAUUUAAUAGCAUUCAAAGCCUUAUUAAAUCAUUAUCAAAUUUAGUGUGAUUCAGCAUAUGAUGGCAAUCAGGCAGUAUAAAGAGUAAAAGAGAAAAUGAAUACGCAAUGUUAAUUUUAUGAAGUUAUAUUUAUGGACAUAGAAAUGCCUGGUAUGAAUGGAUUUGAAACAUCAAAAGAAAUAAUUAAACAAGGAGGUAAAAAGCCAACAAUCAUCAUGUGCUCUGCCUAUGAUACUAAAGAAAAUAUGAAUUAAAGUGAUCACUAAGGAAUGAGUGAAUUUUUACCCAAGCCAGUGAAUAAGUUUGAUCUUCUUAGGAUUCUUAAAAAAUAUCAAUUAGUUAGAUGA